GGGGCGUGGGAGUGUGGCCAUGUUUGUGGCCAUGUGGAGAGCUUUGGUUGGCGUAUGUGUUGCAGCAAGUUCCGCUGAAACCGGGCGCAGGCUGCAAAACUAUGGCGGAUGCCCGCAGUGGCAAAACACGACCUUCUCUGAUGAAAAGUCUCCCUUUGGUUGGCCCUUGACACCCAAUGAUUGGAGCUUCAGUGAACAGCGCCUCUGGCCCGAGUCAUACCUGGCAUGUGGUGGGCUGCGCCAGUCCCCCAUUGAUGUGCCAGUUCAUGGCCAAGCUUGUGGCAUUGACAGGACCUCCAACCCAGAUGGUGCCUUGAAGGACGCGGCCAAAUACAAGGUGGUUUCUUAUGCCAAAGUGGAAGUAAGCCCCUACAUGCGAACUGUUCGCGUCAUCGAUGACUUUGGAAGCGUUAAGUUGAAGGAUGAGUCAGGCCAUGACCGAGAGUUCCAAGCCAUCUCAGCUCAGCUCACGGCGCCCUCAAUGCACACCAUGGACGGGAAGCACUACGCAGCGGAACUUAUGGUGCUGCACAAGCCAAAGGAUGAUCUUGACAUGCUCCGAGAAGGCCUGAUUUUAAGCGUUUUCUUCGAUGACCAGAACGGCACCGAGAGUCCCCUCUUCACGCACUUCGGCUUCUCAGCGGACGGCAGUGGCAACUCCCCCAGCAAGUCCUGGGAUGCACCGCACUACAUCGACGUGGCCAAGGAGAUUGAAGAAGCAGCGAAGGGAGCUUCAUAUCUGUACGAUGGAAGCAUGCCCGUUCCGCCCUGCCAUGAGAACAUCAAAUAUCUCGUCUUGGGGAAUGCAGUUCCAGUCCUUCCAGCCCAAACGAAAGCCUUGGAAGAAACGCUCCGAUGUUGGGCAGGUGGAAAAGACAAGCGCGCUACUGUGAAAGGCACCUGCCGCACGGUGACAAAGGACUCCCUGACGCUGGGAGGUCCUCAUCACGGAGCCACCUGCAAGGCAGCUGAAGAGAAGGGCCAGAGCCAUCGCUUAGCGGCCUGUUGGGACGCGGGCCUUCUGCCAGAGGAAGCCAAGAGUUGCGUGAAGUCGCCUAUCGAUUUGCUCCCCACCAUGGCUUCAACGUCUGAAGACCGGAAACCCUACUUCAACUUCCGACCUGUCAAGCACGCACACGUAGCCCCAAGCAAUUUCAGCCUUGACGUGACCCCACUAGAGAUGGGCAUGCCGGGACCCCUGCCGAAUUUCGGAACUAUCAUGAUCCUGGGGAAGAAGUACAUGGUACGAAAGAUCUCCGUGCGACCGCUGUCGUCCCAUACCUACCAUGGAGAGCGCCAUGUUGGGGAGAUCAUCAUCGAAUCCCUGGUCUUUGGAGAUGAGAUUAGUACACAGGCAGCCCUACUCUUUGGACGACCCGGGGGGCCGGACCAUCCGGACGCCCACGGCGGCCACGGCGGCGGUCACAGCGCGCACCGGCGCCUGAAGUAUCAGCACAACAAGGACGACACCUACGGGGAUGAUGAACUGCAUCGACUGUGGAUCAGUGUGCCAAUCAAGCUGGGGGUGGAGAAUGCCUUGCUGCGGCAGAUUGGGCUUCCUUUCCAGGCCUAUAAGGAAGCGAUCAAGGACCAGCACCCCUACCAGAUUGAGAACACUAUCGACCUCGAGGGCGGGAUCAAAGCCGCCUUAGCGGGCAACUGGCUUUUCUACAGCGGCGGUGCUGUCGACGCCAGCUGCCCCAAGUGGGGUGUGAGGUGGAUUGCCCUCACGACACCGAUCACCGCAAGUCUCACUCAGCUCAACUAUUUGCAGCUGCCUGUGAGUGGAGUGGAUUCUGUGAGGUAUCCUCAAAUCACAUUCACUAAGCAGGAGUAUCCUCAGCAGGUCUUCAAGAAUGGACUUCCAAUUUGGGCUUUGAGUUGGCACCAACAGUGUGACGCGAAUGCCCAUUGGACCUACGACGAUGUGCACUGCUGGGAUGUGAUCUACCCUACCUGCAAGACAGGGACACGACAGUCGCCCAUCGACAUCUUGUCCAACAAAGUUGAGACGGUCGGGAAGGGCAAUUUCUUGAGCCGGGUGGAUUGGAAACCAGUGCAUGAUCUAAAAAUUGCGAACAACGGACACAGCUUGCAGGUCACCAAUGACAUGUUUGGCUACAUCAAGCUGAUAGGGGAAGAUGGCUUCCCAGACUUCUAUGAUGUGGCCCAGUUUCAUCUCCAUAUGCCUUCGGAACAUCUCAUCGAUGGACGCCAGUUCUCAGCCGAACUGCAUGUGGUGCACACUCGUCAAGUUGCUGUAGGACAACAGAAGAACACCUACGACUCCUUCCCCUUGGUGGUACUGGGCUUCAUGUUCGAUAUUGGAGAGGAGGAGAGUCAUUUCCUGAAACAGUUCUACUUGGGUGAGGAGACUAUUCCAAACAACACCUAUAAGACAGCCAGGCGGCCGAUUGACCUCAUGCGAUCUCUCGGCCCAGCCUUGAAUGGCAACUUCUACCGAUACGAUGGUAGCUUCACGACUCCCGAUUGCCAUGAAGAGAUCAAAUGGUUUGUCUUUGACCACGUCUUCAGCAUGAGUCUGGCGCAAUGGGAAACCUUCAAGGUGGAAUUCCCUUUCGCGCACUUUAACCGGCCAGUGAACCAGAUCCACAACCAUCAUGUGGUGAAGAACGACUUCAAGGAGGGAGUAGAGGCCCGGUACGAUUUCUUCUUGAACCGCGACCAGGGCAGGGAUCGCAUGCUGCCAGGUGAGGGCUAUAUCCUGUUCCCCGUCCUCGCUUCGCUUGUGGUCAUGGCCUGCAUCAUGCUGGCGGUCUUUGUCCGUGAGGGACGCAGCAAGCUUGAGUCGGCUGGAGGGCUCACGGAAACCAUUGGACGGGUGACCUACAACCGCAUGUGACGUGAGACAGCUGAGUUCAACUGAGGGACCAAAAAAUGAGGUACCUGGCUGGGCCCAGAAAAUU